AUGAUCACAAUUCUUGCAGCAUAUUCUAAAAGCACAGGCGCAAUAGGACUGAAGGGAAAACUUCCGUGGCCACUUCUUAAAACAGACUUCCUUUUCAUGAAGCACAUAACCACAAAAGAGUUUACAGGAGUAAUCAUGGGCCGGAAGACUUUUGAGUCAAUAGGAAAGCCCCUCCCAAACAGAACAAAUAUGGUCCUGACGUCGCGCGAGACUCCGCCCGAGAAAGGCCCAAACUACAGCGUAUACUACGUGCAGAGCCUGGACAAGGCCGUGCACAUGUGCAGGGCUCUCUGCAUUCGCCCUGUGAUAUUCGGGGGACAUUCUGUCUACAAAGAGGCACUGGAGAAGUACGAGUGCGACGUAUACAUAACAGAGAUAUACGAUACUUUCGAGGGAGACGCACACUUUCCCGUGGGCCUCAUCGACAGUGCGCCCCUAAGAAAUAAGACGGAGGAGACGCUGAAAGAGCUGGGAAUUGAAAAAAGCAUGCACGAGUGCUCGCAGAAGGAAGAGUGUCCUUUCAAGGAGGAGUCCCAAAAAGGCUCUCUAAUAUGCGAGAAUGGCGUGCACUAUGCGUUUAUGCACGGCGUAUUUUCACCGCACAAAAAAUCUUAA